UCCUGUUCAUUGGGUUCCUCUGUUUUGGGAUCCUCCUUCUCCACCCUUUCUCUCUCUCUCUCUCUUUCUCUCAAUCGUCUGGAAAUCUAAUCUUUUUUUACUGUUUUUCUUCAUCGCACGUUCCUGCAUGGUUUGUGACGAGUACAAACAGAAGGAAUGGCGUAUAAGGUGGAUCACGAGUAUGAUUACUUAUUCAAGAUUGUCUUAAUCGGGGAUUCGGGUGUCGGAAAAUCAAACAUACUUUCUAGAUUCACCCGGAAUGAGUUCUGUUUGGAAUCUAAAUCCACCAUUGGUGUUGAAUUCGCUACCAGGACUCUUCAGGUGGAGGGGAAGACAGUGAAGGCACAAAUAUGGGACACAGCAGGUCAAGAGAGGUAUCGAGCAAUCACAAGUGCUUAUUACAGAGGAGCAGUAGGUGCUCUUUUGGUUUACGACAUUACAAAAAAACAAUCAUUUGACAACGUUUUAAGGUGGCUUCGUGAGCUUAGGGAACAUGCAGAUUCCAACAUCGUCCUCAUGUUAGCUGGAAACAAAUCCGAUUUAAACCAUCUUAGAGCUGUUUCAGAAACCGAUGCUCAACAGUUGGCAGAAAAAGAAGAGCUGGCAUUCCUAGAAACUUCUGCACUUGAUGCAAAUAAUGUCGAGAAGGCUUUCCAAACAAUUUUACUUGAUAUUUAUCAUAUAGUAAGCAAGAAAGCCUUGGCUGCUCAGGAAGCAGCUGCUUCUAUUCCUACGAAAGGUACUACCAUUAAGGUUGAGAAUGGCGUGAAAGAUUCAAAGGGGAAUUGUUGUUCUAAUUAAGUCAUGUGUAUGUUUUUGGUUAACACGUUAAUUUGAGUACUCGAAAAGACACUCAACGUGAUGGCUUGAACAUUUGGUUGUAAGUUCAAGCCUUUCCCAUUGAUGGGACGCAAGAAAAUGAAAGAGGGAAAGUAAAGGAGAUGAAGAAUCGUGUAGAGGAUUUUAAGAGACAAAAAUAG